AUGGCUCAAAGUGAUACAGAGAGACGCUUUGCAUGUUCUAGCAAAGGGUACCCUCAAGAGACUGAAAUAAUCAAGUUAUUUCUUUUCUCAGGAAACUUGAAAAUCCAGUGUUUCUUCCAAACUGAAAAUGAAAUUGCAUCACAAGGAAUGCUAAGUGUGUUCACAUCAGGAGGACUGGCUCCCAGCUUGGGAAUCAUUAAUAGUACAUAUAAUGGCAUCUUCCACUUUAAAUUAACGUUGUUCAGUGAUCGGAUUUUCUGGUUGGUUGAUAUUCCUAGAGAAAACAUCACACAAAACACAGAUAUUGCAGCUGUAGAAGAAUGGUUGGUAAGGAUCACUUUACAUCAUGGACUAAAUAUUUAUGCUACUGAAGGAACUCUAUUGGAUCGUAUUCGAGAACCGAUUCUUCAGUGGGCUCCUGGGGUUGAGAUUCCAGAAAGUGAGAUGGGUAAAAUAUAUCCACAUGUGGUAGAUCUCAAAGUGACAAAAUGCCCCUGCGCCAACGACGUGGCAUUACUAGGCUUCGUUAUGGAUGCACUACUUGAUGGUGUUUACGUAGGCGUAACCUUUUGUGGAUUCUGGCAUUAUUCUGAUACCACAUGGUUUAACAUGACAGAGGCUAUCUAUUCCCUACUUGAAGGAGAACAUGAAGACCUUUCAUUGGUGGAUAUGGUUUUAACAAAUCAUUUUUUAGUCGUCCUCACCUCUUUGGGCCUUUUUAUAAGUGAAGAUCUUCGUUAUCCAUCACGCCACAUUCUAUCGUUUUCCAGAGCAGACUUUUGUGGUUUUGAAAGGGUUGACUAUGUGAAAGGAAAAUUGUGGUAUAAUGAAAGAUGUUUUGCUAACAGAGAGCACUUUGAAGUUGAUUAUGUUACAGUCACCUUUGAGAGAAACAGAACCCUAAGUGAGUCAAGCUCUUGUUUUUAUAGUCAGGAACCACUUCUUGAAUGGGUACCCUGCUUACCUUACGUUUUUAAAGGAAUGAAAAGUAUUCCAAGAGUGCUAACAUUUCUUGUUGACCAAGAGCAUGGUACGGGAGUUUUCCUCUUCCAUAACAAGGUUAAGAAAACUGCCGUUGUCUCUGUGAGCAUCCUGAGAAAUAAUGAACCAAGUGCACAAGCAAAAUUUCCAAUUUUUCGGUUUCCUCCAUCAUUCUCUUCUCCCGUUGGAAUGGUAUUCCAUCCCCGAAGCCACUUUUUGUAUGUUUAUGGCAAUCAGAUAUGGCUUUCAGUCGAUGGCGGCAGCACCUUUCAAUUAGUAGCUGACUUUCAUGAUGAUAUCAUAAAGAAGACUUUUCAUAGUUUUUAUACAUCAGCUAUUACUUUUGUUUCUCAACGUGGAAAGGUUUACUUGACAAAGGCAGGAAUGGGAAGACACGGUGCAGUUGGAACUGUUACUGAGAGAAUUUUCACAUUAUUCUAUGAUCACUUGGGAUUCCUACAUAAGCUGACUCCGGGUCGCUUUGAAGCUAGUGGACCACCCACAGCCUUUGGGAAUUCUAGAAAUCUUUUUGGACAGCCUCCAGAUAUGGGCUUUGAGACUGCGCUUGCCCCACAGCACACCUCUUUAGAUGAAAUUAUCUUUUUUGCAUACGUACCCGAGAACGAACCACAGGAAAUGAUCUACAGCAAGAAGUUCAACAAUAUACACUACGGAAAAGUGAUACACUCUGGGAAAACUGGAAGAGCUCACAUAAGAAAGGUAUUGCAACAUACUAUUCCUAAAGGAUUUUUGUCCUCAGUUAUUGCAGAAAUGAAAGAGCCUUUUGGAUUAGAAGAAGUGAAUGAGAGUUCUUGUUUGUCUAGUUCCCUUUUGAUUAAUAAAGCUGGAAAUGUCUAUAAACUCACUCUUGAUUCACAAGUUGUUCAGGCCUUGUUCGAAAAUACAGAUAUAGAGAAGACUGUAGUGCUUCCUGGGUACAGCAGCUUCCUCAUCACAAGCAUUUUAGAUAAUAAGAAUGCAUUAGCCAUUGCUACCAUGCCUGAAAAUGCACCCAACAAUAUGACCUUUCUAAAGAACACAUGGUUCUUAUACAACUUUGGGCAAAGGAAUGGACGAACAUGGAAAAUAUAUUCAAAACCAUGUAAUUAUUGGUUUCAACAUGAUGAUUCACCAUCCCUCAACAUUGUGAAAUACAUUGAUCUGGGAAACUCUCAUGUUUUCAAAGUUAAGGUCAUACGGAAUUCAAAAGGUUUUCGAAUGCUUGAAAUACCACUACUGACUGUGUUUGUUGGAAACCCUAAUUUGUUGGAAGUUAAAGCUGAAGCCGCUUUUGAUGAUACUGACAGUUAUCUAAUAUCAAUUUCUGCAGCUAGCAAAGUUUUACAUCAGGGUUCAACUUCAAUGGCAUUUAUUAUGUGGUCAGCCUCUGUUGAGUGCUUUGUUACGACCAUGGUGCCAACACUGAAAAGCAGCUGUAGUUAUCUCAGAUCUAUGCAUCACAUUCCUAGCAAAUUUAUCCCAUCUGAAGACUGGAUUAGUGGAGUUCAUAAAGAUAGUCAAGGUUUUAACCUCAUCAAAACUUUGCCGAUAAACUACAGGCCUCCAUCUAACAUGGGAAUUGCUAUUCCACUCACAGAUAAUUUUUAUCAUGCAGAUCCUAGCAAACCCAUACCAAGAAACCUGUUUCACUUGUCAAAGAAAACUGGUAAAUUCAAACAGUGUGCUAAUGUUUCCACUCGGGAGGAGUGUAACUGCACAAAGGAUCAGAAGUUUUCACAUGCUGUUGCUUUCUCAGAUUGCAGGGAAAAAGUUCCUCGCUUUAAGUUUCCAAUUACACAAUAUCCAGUUUCUUUGGAAAUUAUCAACGAGGAUGGACGUGUCCCAUUGGAAUCUCCAUAUCUGGUUACUGUGACUGAAGUGAACAUGAGGCAAAACUGGAAACUGAAACACACUGUGCCAGAAAAGAUUAAAAAAAUGAAAAAAUUUGUAGAACCAAUUGUUGGUGCUGCAGUGUAUAAUCCUUCAGGUCUCAACUUAAGCAUAAAGGGCUCUGAACUUUUCCACUUUAGAGUGACCGUCAUUUCAGGAGUCACUUUUUGUAACUUAAUUGAAGAAUUUCAGAUUUAUGUUGAUGAGGCACCACUGCCAUUCCCAGGACACACGCUUAUUGCCGUGGCAACAGCAGUAGUGCUAGGGGGAUUAAUUUUUAUGGCAUUUAUGUUUCAACUGCAUGGCAUCCAUCCGUGGAAGACAUUCCAAAACUGGAUUAGAAGAAAACAAGCGAAGUUUUCAAGUAUCACUCUCAGUGAGCUGAUUCAUAGAUGAAAGUCUGAAGAGUGA